AUGGCCAACGGCGAAAAUCAAAGGGCGAAGAUGACUUUUGAUCGGGUAGACGAUACCAACAAGGCAGUUGCCGCCGGCGAACUGCCAGAUCCUGUCAGCGACGAAGGCAACCUCGACGAUUCCCUCAAGGAUGUGACAAACCUUCAGAUUAAUAUCAGUGGAAUAGUCGAUUCCGGAAUGAGCUCAUUCGAAAGUGUGUUCCACAAUAAAUUGGCAAAUCUGAAAAUGGCAACGGAAACAGAAGCAAAAGAAAAGGUUGAGGCGUUUGAAUUACAAGGAGCAGCAUUGUGGCCAAUUAGUAGAAGGCGGAGAGUAAAGAAACAGACUCCGUUGAGACAAGUCAUGUUGGCAUAG